AAGCUCCGUUUCGGCCUCCCGGGGCCCCGGGCCCGGGCGGGCCCGAGUUUUGCGGCGCCAUGCCGAAGCACAUCUUCAACCCCGCGGCGGUGUCGGCCUCUGGCGGGAAGUCCACGGCCUUCAAAUCCGCGGUGUGCUUGACCGUGCUCUUUGCGGCCGUCGCGGUUGUAUCGCUGAUCGUGGAGCCUCUUUACGGACCGAAACUCGUCGAAGAGUUUCUGAAGCGGACCAAAGAUGAGGAGUCCACCGAAGUGCCCAAGGUGCCUAACGUGCUCUUCCGCGAUGAUUGGAAGUAUCGAAGGCAUCGAUUUCCUGAGUUGCUGCUCAUGACCCAGUUGGAGUGCGAGUUUACUCGACGGAUGAUGGCCUCCUUAGUGGUGGGCGCCCUGCUGGGCAUUGAGCGCCGCGAGUCCAACCGUGGCGCAGGCGUGCGCACCAUGAGCCUGGUGUCCUUGGGCGCCUGCAUCUUCACCAUCGGCUCCAUGUACGCCUUCGAGGAGGGCUCCCAGACCUGGGACGCCUCCCGGGUCUCCGCGGCCCUGCCCUCCGGCGUGGGGUUUUUGGGCGGCGCCCUGAUCUUCAAAGACUCGGGCCAGAUCAAGGGCCUCACCACCGCCUGCGGGGUGUGGCUCGCGUGUGCCGUGGGCAUGUGCUGCGGCGGCGGCAUGUACUUCGUGGCCUUCUUCGGUGUGGCCGGCGUGGUGGCGAUGCUGCGCUUCGGGCCCAGGUCGCCCAUGCCGGACGACGAGGACAACCCCUUCGAGGAGAAGGCGCAGUUGGAGACCCAAGCCACCCACCCCGAGCUCGAGCAGCCGCUGGUGCGGAAGCGGUCCUCCACGAACCAAAGCCAAAAGGGCAAGACGCUGCUCUCCGGGGACGAGUAGGCGUCACCGAGCCACUCCUUCCCUUCUUAUCUAAAUGGGUGGCUUUGAAUUUGAC